CUUAACCGGCACUUUUGACAGUUAGCAUGUUAGCAACGAGCUGCUAACUGUCUAAAAUCCCCCCGAUAAACAUGUCCAUGAACUAGUUCAAGCUAAAAGUUAAAACUACGGAGCGUUUUUGGAUUUGCGGUCUGUGAACCCGUCACUCUCCGAGGAUGUUUUCAUCUGUGUGGAAUUUUAUUAAACGCCACAAAAAUAAAUUUAUUUUCACCGGAGCUGUAGUUGGAGGAGUGUACUUCCUGGGUAAAUAUGCCCAGAAGAAGGUCAGGGACAUCCAGGAGAGGGAGGCGACAGAGUACAUCGCUCAGGCCAGACGGCAGUUCCACUUUGAGAGCAACCAGAGGACCUGCAACAUGACUGUGCUGUCCAUGCUGCCUCCACUGAGAGAAGCCAUCGUCAAUCAGCUAAAUUCAGAAAGCCUCACUGCACUACUCAAGUCCAAACCAGCCAAUAAGCUUGAGAUCUGGGAAGAUUUAAAGAUCAUCAGUUUCACCCGCACCAUAGUGGCGGUGUACAGCACCUGCAUGCUGGUGGUUCUCCUGAGAGUCCAGCUGAACAUCAUAGGAGGAUACUUGUACCUGGACAACUCUGUAGGCAAGAACUCAACGACUCCUCUGGCUCCCCCAGAUGUCCAGCAGCAGUACCUGUCCAGUAUCCAACAUCUACUGGGAGACGGUUUGACAGGGUUGAUGACAGUAGUAAAGAAAGCAGUACAGAACUCACUGGGAAGCGUCUCUCUGAAGCAGAACAUGUCUGUGCUGGAGUUGGAGCAGCAGCUGAGCUGGAUCAGAGCGGAGGUGGAGGCCAACUCUGAGCGGUCGAUGUCCUGGUACAUGCUGGCUGACGAUGAGAACGCGCUCGCUGACCAGGCAUGUGGACUGACAGAAAACGACCUUGUGACCAUCAGACUGUUAAAUGAGACUAGAGACAUGUUGGACAGUCCAGACUUCAACACUGUCCUAAACGCCAGUUUCAACCGCGGUUUUUCACGUCUUCUUGACAACCUGGCGGAGUUCUUCCGGCCGCCUCCUUGUGACUCCGCCCUCAGCUCUGCACCUGACAGUCUGUCUGCAGUCAGUAUGCCGCUGGCGAAAAUCAUCCCCAUAAUCAACGGUCAGAUCAACACAAUCUGCAGCGAGACUCCCAGCUACUUUGUCCAGGACUUGCUGAUGAACGACCAGGUGAAGGAGUUUGCUGCCAACGUCUAUGAGACCUUCAGCACGCCACAGGAGCUGCAGAAAUAAUCAACGAAGCAUCAGUAGAGUAAGGUGAGGAAUAUAUGAGAAAGCGGGAUGAAAACAUAAAGGAUUUAAGCCCUGGACUGUUCAUCCCUUUUUCCUUUCUGUGGAGAUUCGUGGCAGAAAUGUCCACGACAAAGCAGCAGCGAGGGCUUCUCUGUUCCUUUUGCGAGCAGAGCCUUUAUGGAUUACUGAACUGGCGGAGGGAGAAAAGACUCACACUGGGUUUAUAGUCACAGCAGAGCCUGUGGUUAACUCCAGGACUACUGCAUCUUGGGAAAUGGAGUCUAAUCUGGUAAAGUGGUUUUAAUUACCAUAAGAGGUGACAAACACACACUGAGACAGUCAAAAAGUGGAGACAGGAGCGGUCGCAACUUUUUCAUCGAGAUGACACUGAAACAUUGUCAGUUUGUGUUGAUAUUAUCGAUUUUAGGAUGAUUUCCUUCUUUUCUAUCAGCAGUGGUGAGUGUUUUAUGUCUGUUCUCGUUUCCAGCUGUUCAGUCUGCACCUUGGCUGUGUAUAUCAGAAGGUUUUUUUUAAAACAUUUUUUAACAUAACUUAAUACAGGUUGGGAAAAGGAUGCACAAGACCGAUGGAGGCUGAUGUUCAUAUUUUUGUUUUUUUGCUAAUAUUCACUGUUCUUAAAUUUGACUAUUUUUCGUGUCAUGGUGGAGAAAAUUUGCAGCGGUUAUGUUGGAAAUUUGGGGAUAUUACAACUUGUUGUUACAACUUAUAUUACAAUAUUACAACCUACAAAAAUUGGUUAUUAAAGAAUGAUAAAACAAA